CAGCUCUUCCAAUAUUCCCCUCUCUUUCCUUCUUUCAUCCAUAUAAUUAAUAUAACUUCCUAUUGAUACCAACAAUCUGUAUGAAUUUCUAUCCACCGUUUUUUAACAUGAAUUUUAGUUCCAACAGGCCAAAAAAUCUUCAACUUAUUUCUUUCUUCUUUCUCCUGUCCAUUCUUCAUGUGUUUUCUCAGUCAAAUAACAGUAGUAUUAGUCAUGGAAACGUGAUAAGAGAUGGAGAAAUCAUUGUUUCUCCAGGUGAGGUUUUUGCUCUAGGAUUUUUCAGUCCUGCAAAUUCCAGUUUAAGAUAUGUUGGAAUAUGGUAUUACCGAAUACCUGGCCAAACAAUCACAUGGGUAGCUAAUAGAGAUGCUCCAGUCUCUGGCAAUUCAGGUGUUUUCGGCAUCCAAAACAACGGUAGUUUGAGUCUUUCUGAUGGGAAUGGUACCAUAUACUGGUCAUCAGAUAGUUUUCCAUCGGAUGGUAAUCUUACUGCUAUGCUAGUUGAUACCGGAAACUUUAUUCUUUCGACCGUUGAGAAUGCUGGAGAUGAUCAAAAUGCAUUAUGGCAAAGUUGUGAGCAUCCAACUGAUACUUACUUACCGAACAUGAGAGUUUAUAUGAAUAUCACUAGAGGAGAUAGUGUUUCAUUUGUUUCUUGGAGGUCUAGUAGUGAUCCUUCAAGAGGGAAUUACUCCAUGGAAGUCGAUCCUCGUGGUUCGCCACAGAUUAUCUCUUGGGACGAAUCGCGUCGUCGGAUAUGGAGAUCUGGUCAAUGGAAUCAGCAGAUAUUCACUGGAGUGCCACAGAUGAGAUCCAUAUUUUUGUCUGGUUUUAGACUAGUUCAGGUAAACGAAGAUGUCAUGUACUUCAUCUUUAACAAUCCUAAUCGGACACUUUUGAUGAGGUUCAUGAUAAACUGGAAUGGUGAAAUAGAGCAGUGGACCUGGGAUGAAAGAAGGAUGGAAUGGAUCACAUCCUUGUCACUGCCUUCCACUGAAUGCCAAAAGUAUAAUAGGUGUGGUAGUUAUGGAAUAUGCAACUUAAGGAAUACUCCUUCUGUAUGUUCUUGUAUGCAAGGAUUUGAAUUCAAUUCUGAUAAUCAAUGCAUUAGAAGAACACCUCUAGAAUGUGGAUCAAGUUCUUCUAGCACUAAUGAUGGAUUCCUAAGAAGAGAUGGACUAAAACUGCCUGAUAUUGCCACCAAUACUUUGGAUGCACAAAAUCAAGACCAAUGUAGAGAUAUAUGCUCCAAUAAUUGUUCAUGCAAUGCAUAUGCCUUCGUCUCCGGAAUUGGGUGUCUAACCUGGGGUGGUGAUUUGAUUGAUAUCGAGGAAUUUGAUGAAGGUGGAGAAACAAUUUUUAUUCGUCUUGCGGCUUCAGAAUUAGGUGGCGGAAAAGCAUCCCACACCGCAGUUAUAGCGAUAUCAGUAACUGGAAUAAUUGUUUUUGGUCUAAUUGUAUGGCUAGUGUGGAGGUACAGGCGAAACAUUAAAGGAAUCUCGAAUCUGUGGAGACAAAAGAAGAAUUCGCCCCAACUUUUUCAGGGGCCAACAACACUAGACAAUUCCGCGGGUACAACAGGAUCAGCUGAUCUUUCAGUCGAAGGAAAACCACUUGAAGGCACAUUGUUCAGUCUAAUAUCAUUAGAAUCUGCAACAGAUGGUUUUGCUAAUAAAAACAAGCUCGGCCAAGGUGGGUUUGGCCCUGUACACAAGGGAAUCCUUCCUGGGGGACAAGAAAUAGCUGUGAAGAGGCUAUCAAAAUGGUCUGGACAAGGCAUGAUGGAAUUCAAGAAUGAGAUGAUUCUUAUUGCCAAGUUGCAACACAGAAAUCUUGUUAGAUUGCUGGGGUAUUGCAUUGAAGGGGAAGAAAAUAUGCUAGUUUAUGAAUACUUGCCAAACAAAAGCCUUGAUACGUUUCUUUUCGAUGCACAACAGAAAGUGCUUCUAGAUUGGAAAACACGGUUUCUGAUCAUUGAAGGGAUUGCUAGAGGCAUUCUUUAUCUCCAUCGAGAUUCUAGGCUUCGUAUCAUUCAUCGUGAUCUGAAAGCUAGCAACAUUUUGCUUGAUGGAGAUAUGAUCCCUAAAAUUUCAGAUUUUGGCAUGGCUAGAAUAUUUGGAGGGAAUCAACACGAGGCAAAUACAGUGCGGAUCGUAGGCACAUAUGGUUACAUGUCUCCAGAGUAUGCAAUGGAAGGUUCCUUUUCGGUGAAAUCUGAUGUUUACAGCUUCGGGGUUUUGCUCCUAGAAAUCAUUAGUGGCGAAAAAAACAAUAGUUUUCGCUCUCAUGAUUCCACAAAUUUAAUAAAACAUGCGUGGAAUCUAUGGAAGGAUGGGAAACCCGAAGAACUAAUUGAUCCAUCAAUUCUAGAUUCAUGUAACAUGAAAGAAGCAUUACAAUGCAUCCAUGUAGGGAUGUUAUGUGUACAAUUUUCAGCUGUUCAUAGACCAACUAUGUCAUCAGUGGUGUACAUGUUGGAGGGUGAAGGCACAAGUCUCCCUCUACCAACACAAGUUGGGGAUAUGUCACUAAACGCUGCUGAAAUGGAUUUGAUCAUGGAAGGUAGAGAAAUCACUGUUUCCUCGACUGAUGUUACAGUUACAGAAGUGAUCGGGAGGUGAUAAUAGAAAAUAAAAGAGCAAAUAUUGUAUGUAUGAUUUUUGUGUUUUUAGUGUCCAUAGAUACAAAGAGAAAAAGGUUCUAUUGUUUGUAGUUAGUU